AUGCGCCUCUCGUAUCAAAUUCCAGAGAUUCUUGAAGCAUCUGGCAUCGCGUGGCCCAAUCCUUCCAUGUGGAGACGGAUUCCAGUUGCUACAUCGAUGACUGUCCCCAGCUAUCCUUCCGAUGAUACCGAAUCACACGCUCACUCGCCGAGAAGAAAGCAUAGUAGAACCAAUGCGGGCCUGACCAAAUCUUCGACGGAAAAUGUCCACAAGAUUAUAGCCAACCGGUCUCUUCGACAUGGACAGCGGAAAACUAGUACGCAGAGCGGAAGCAGUCGCUCUACCUCUGGAAGCACUAGUACCGGAACAAUGGAGACUAUCAAUGACUCGGACGCGUAUUUUGAGUGGUUGAACAGCAUGGGUCUCGGAAUGCCUGAUAUAUAUAGGCUUGGAGAACAGGAAAUCUUCCCGGAAAUACGCCAAAUUGGAAGAAAGUCGUCCAACGUCAAUGCCCAGGGCCCCAUGGUGGGCAAAACCUCUCACUUGGGUCAAAGGUUCAGCUUGCAGGAGCUUGGAGACGAAGAAGAAAGCGAGAGUUUUGGCUACUUGAAAAUUCCUAGUGACGCGCUGGAUUUCGAAGCAUCUUAUGGCCAAGACAUGCAAGGGCUAUUUCUGCCUCGGAAUUCACAAGAGAAUUCGUUAUCGAUCGACUUCCAAAACAAUUUGGCCCACUCGUUGCUUAACCAGCCAAUGCCUGCUCACAUGCUGGCAAACAAUCUUUAUACCACCUCUUUUCCGGAAUUAAGGCUCUCCAGAGAAGACUACAACUCUCAAACGGCGGGCCCACCUCCCUCAACCACAUCCUCAGCAUCAGCUUCCAUGGGAGAUCAAUUCGAAGCGGGCAAGACUGCACAGCAUCCAUAUACAGCACGCAAAGCCAUGUUACGAACAGGAUCGUUUGGCUCCAGGGUGCGUAGGUCAACUCGUCCGGAUGCCAAGCAGCAUACAUCUUCUGUUCUAUCGACUCUAGAAAGUGAACCGGUAGAAGAGCUUGCCAUGGAGAAUGCGGCAGCACAUACGGACGAUAAGGGAGCUAAAAGGCGCCGCGAUUCGACUUUGACACCAAUAAGUGCUGCAAAGAGUGAUGAUAAUCACAAGAGAUCGAGCCCAAGAGCUCGCCUCACACCUUUGCUAGCACAUAGUCCAACCGCCGACUGCCAGUGA